AUGACUUUCAGUAAAAUGUCAAAUAUGUGUGUAAAAGUGGGUGUCGUGAAAACUUUUGCGUCGAGGUUGCCGAUUGGUUUGCUUCAGCGGAAUUUCAGUGUGAAAAGUCGGCAUUUGAGUGGCUCUAAUGUAGACAAACGUACGUUAGCAGCGGAGCGAAAGCAGAGGACGUUCUCCGACCGAUCUCAAUUGAAGUACGCCAGGCGAUUAGUUGUGAAGCUAGGCAGUGCUGUGAUAACGAGAGAAGACGGUAAUGGUCUUGCACUUGGAAGAUUGGCUUCAAUUAUUGAACAGGUGGCAGAAUGCCAUCACGAAGGCAGGGAGUGUAUCAUGGUGACAAGUGGCGCAGUGGCCUUCGGAAGGCAGAAAUUAACCCAGGAGCUGCUCAUGUCGUUAUCAAUGCGAGAAACCCUCUCACCCAGUGAUCACACGAGAGAGGAUGCUGGGAGUAUAUUGGACCCGCGGGCGGCUGCGGCCGUCGGUCAGUCGGAGCUUAUGGCGAUGUAUGACGCUAUGUUCUCGCAGUAUAAUGUUAAAAUUGCACAGGUUUUAGUGACGAAACCGGAUUUCUACAAUGAAGAGACGAGGAAGAACUUAUUCUGCACCUUAUCCGAAUUAAUAUCGCUGAAUAUAGUGCCAAUUGUGAAUACCAACGACGCAGUCAGCCCGCCGAUGUAUAUCCACGAUGACACAGUGGUACCUGGAACCGGGAAAAAGGGCAUCGGUAUAAAAGACAACGACAGUCUAUCAGCUCUUUUAGCGGCUGAGAUACAGUCAGAUCUUCUCAUCAUGAUGUCAGAUGUAGAUGGUAUCUACAACAAGCCACCAUGGGAGGAUGGUGCAAGAAUGAUGCAUACGUAUACCUCUAAAGACAGAGAUCAAGUGCAAUUCGGACAAAAAUCUAAGGUUGGCACUGGAGGUAUGGAUUCCAAAGUAAACGCAGCGACAUGGGCGAUGGCGCGCGGAGUCAGUGUCGUUAUUUGCAACGGAAUGCAAGAGAAAGCAAUUAAAACUAUCAUCAGCGGUCGCAAAGUCGGCACAUUCUUCACGGACUGUCCCACUACGUCAACUACGUCGGUGGAUGUUUUGGCUGAGAACGCUCGUUCUGGAAGUCGAGUCUUACAACAGCUAACUCCCGCCGAAAGAGCAUCUGCUAUACAUUCACUAGCCGAUCUGCUUCUUGAAAAGAAGGACGUGAUUCUAGAAGCCAAUUCGAAAGAUCUAGAAGAAGCAACUAAAGGUGGUUUAGCAAAACCUCUCUUGGAUAGAUUAGCCCUCAGCCCGGGAAAACUAAAAACUUUAUCAAUAGGCCUGAAACAGAUCGCCGAUUCAAGUUACGAAAACGUCGGGCGGUUGAUACGGAAGACAAAACUAGCAGAAAACCUGAUCCUUCGUCAGGUGACAGUACCAAUUGGUGUGCUGCUAGUAAUUUUCGAAUCCCGACCAGAUUCUUUACCCCAAGUUGCAGCCUUAGCAAUGGCAUCCGCGAACGGCCUUCUACUGAAAGGUGGAAAAGAGGCUGCACAAUCCAACAAAACACUCAUGGACUUAGUAAAGGAGGCUCUGCAAUCAGUCGGAGCUCAAGAUGCGAUAUCUCUAGUCUCUACCCGGGAGGAAAUAAGCGAUCUACUCGCCAUGGAGAAACACAUAGACCUGAUAAUACCUCGCGGAUCAUCGGAUUUAGUCCGCAAUAUUCAGAAGCAGUCGCAACAUAUCCCGGUCCUGGGUCACGCGGAGGGGAUAUGCCAUGUCUAUUUGGACAAGGACGCGGAUCCAUCAAAGGCUGUUAAGAUAAUCCGCGAUUCGAAAUGCGAUUAUCCGGCGGCGUGCAACGCUAUGGAGACCCUACUGAUCCACGAAGAUCACCUAUCUAGCAGCUUGUUUACGGAUAUAUGCAGCAUGUUGAAAAACGAGGGCGUCAAAAUACAUGCCGGACCGAAAUUAUCGAGUCAUUUGACUUUCGGACCGCCGCCGGCGCGGAGUAUGAGGCACGAGUACAGUGCUUUGGAAUGCUGCCUCGAAGUUGUGAGUGACAUGGAUGAGGCGAUUGAUCAUAUUCAUAAGUUCGGAAGCUCGCAUACUGAUGUUAUCGUUACGGAGAAUGAAAAUACAGCGAAGAAGUUCCUAAAUACGGUGGACAGUGCUUGCGUUUUCCACAACGUAUCGUCACGAUUUGCUGAUGGCUACCGAUUCGGUCUUGGCGCUGAAGUCGGUAUUUCAACAGCAAGAAUACACGCUCGUGGUCCUGUGGGUGUUGAGGGCCUUCUGACUACAAAAUGGGUUCUAGAAGGUUCCGACCACACAGCAGCUGAGUUCAACGAAGGGAAACGCCAGUGGCUUCAUGAAAAACUGCCUAUAAAUUGA